AAGGAGCAGAGAGUGCAGCAUCACGAGAAGGAGAUUUCCAGAAGCAAGAUUCCCCGGUUGAUUCUGCGGCCCCAUCUGCCCAAGCAACAGCACAAGGUGUCCCCGGCCUCAGAGUCCCCCUUCUCGGAGGAAGAGAGCAGAGAGUUCAACCCCAGCAGCUCCGGGCGCUCAGCGAGGACCAUCAGCAGCAACAGCUUCUGCUCAGAUGACACAGGCUGUCCUAGCAGCCAGUCAGUGUCUCCUGUGAAGACGCCCUCAGACACCGGAAACAGUCCCAUUGGCUUUUGCCCUGGCAGUGAUGAAGACUUUACCAGAAAGAAAUGCACGGUUGGAAUUCCUGGGGAGGGAAGCGUCCCAUCAGCGCGGCAUAAGAAGGAAUUGAAGGCAGGCCUCGUAAAGCCAGGUAGCGAAGCUGACUUCAGCUCCUCGAGCAGCACAGGCAGCAUCUCGGCUCCAGAGAUCCAUAUGUCUACAGCGGGAAACAAGCGGUCCACUUUCUCACGCAACCGAGGUCCCCAUGGACGGAGCAAUGGCACGUCAUUGCACAAGCCUGGCAGCAGCCCACCGUCCCCUCGGGAGAAGGACCUUCUGUCCAUGCUGUGCAGGAACCAGCUGAGCCCCGUUAACAUCCAUCCCAGUUAUGCCCCCUCGUCCCCGAGUAGUAGCAACUCAGGCUCCUACAAAGGAAGCGACUGCAGCCCAGUCAUGAGGCGGCCUGGAAGGUACAUGUCUUGUGGAGAAAAUCACGGUGUCAAGCCCCCGAAUCCAGAACAGUAUUUGACUCCUCUGCAGCAGAAGGAGGUUACAGUGAGACACCUGAAGACCAAACUGAAGGAGUCCGAGCGCCGGCUUCAUGAAAGGGAAAGUGAAAUCGUGGAGCUCAAGUCCCAGCUGGCCCGUAUGAGAGAAGACUGGAUCGAAGAAGAAUGCCACCGGGUGGAGGCCCAGUUGGCACUCAAAGAAGCCAGGAAGGAGAUCAAACAGCUCAAGCAGGUCAUCGAGACUAUGAGGAGCAACUUGGCGGAUAAAGAUAAAGGCAUUCAGAAGUAUUUUGUGGACAUCAACAUCCAGAACAAGAAGCUGGAGUCUCUGCUGCAGAGCAUGGAGAUGGCGCACAGUGGCUCUCUGAGGGACGAGCUGUUUCCGUGCGAUUCCCCGAAGAAGAGCUUACCCCUGAACACCCCUUUUGGCAAGAUGACAGAUGGCCUGUCUCUGGAAGAGCAGGUCACAGAGGAGGGGCCCGACAGUGAGCUGCUGGUGGGAGAUAGCACGGCUGACAGUGCAGAUUUGUUUGAUGACAUGGUGGCAGCCACCACCACAGAAUCUGGUGACCUGGAGCUGGUCCAUUCUACGCCCGAGGCAGAAGUUCUCGAGAUCUUUCCUGUGGCAUUGGGUCAGGAGCAGGCCAGCGUGGUGGUGGAGCAGGCCGUGCAGACUGAUGUGCUGCUGUUCAGCCCGGCCAUCUCCGAGUUCAUUCAGAGUGUGCUCAGGCUCCAGGACUCCUGUCCCUCGAGCUCAGCAUCCCCUGACGAAUCUGGGGCUGACUCAGUGGAGAGCUUCCCAGAGUCCAUCUCUGCCUUAAUGCUUGAUUUAACUCCGAGAAACCCAAACUCGGCCAUCCUCCUGUCUCCCGUGGAGACCCCAUGCAGCCAGACCGCUACAGAAGCUCCUGCGAGCCGCCUCAUGAGAGAGUUGGAUUUUGCAUCCUACACCGCAGAAGAAAGUUUGGAUGGCAUCCUCUCACCAUCUCAGGGGACCGUCUCGAAGCAGUACUGGAGCAGCAGUUUCCUGGUGGAUCUCCUGGCUGUGGGUGCCCCUGUGGUACCCACUGUUUUGUGGGCAUUCAGUACUCAGAGAGGGGGAAUAGAUCCUGUCUACAACAUUGGAGCCUUGCUCCGGGGCUGCUGUGUGGUCGCCCUGCAUUCUCUCCGCCGCACCGCCUUCCGUAUCAAAACCUAAGUCCAAGUCGUUACCCUGUGCCAAUGUGUCCCGUUUGGCGUUGUGCCAGGUAGAGAAACAGGUUGAUCUGUGGCAGUCUCUGUUCUGUCGUUCUGCUCCUCGGUAUUUGAUUUGCACUAUAGUUAGUUGAAGCCUGUUCACUGUUUAAAACCGGAGGUAUCUUCAAAGGCAUGGAGACCUGGUCCCAGUAAAUGUCCCACCAGUGUGUAUAGAAAGCAUGCUCAUGACCCUGCCGUGUCGUCUAAGGUACCUGUUCUUAUCCUACUGGUUCAGGAAGAGAAAAUGCAAAUUUGCACUUUCAAGACAGCUUCCCCAAGGCUGGCAUGUUAUCUCCUUGCUUUGCUUUGUGCCGUUUUAAAAUGUGUAAUUGUUCCAGCAUUCCAAUGGUCUUGUGCAUAGCAGGGGACUGUAACCAAAAAUAAAAACUGUACUUGUGUAACUGGGUCAAAGAAGUCUUGAAUAGUUCUUUAGCAUUUACCUGGGGUUGGUAAGGUUUGAGUAUUUGCAAUUUUUUUACUAAAUGUAGCUCCAAAGUCUUAAAUGGCUGUUUGUCCUUAGACCUGUUAACUGAUGGGAUUGUAUGUAAGUUUACAAUGUACUAACUUAUUUUUUGCUUAUUAUAUAUAGUGUUUUACUGAGAAUUGUUUGUAAGCACACACUUUAGCAUGAUGAAAAUAAAGGUUAGUGUUUUCGUUUAAAUAAAUGUUUUAUCCGCUUACAAAACUA